UUGGCCUGACAAUGGAUCGACUGCGCUGAACAUGAACAACGGCUUUGGUCGAUGAAGGGAUGCUGUUCAAGUUCAGCAGUUGUGUGUCUCCACCGCCCAAGUCUGCGAAGGCCAAUGCAGUUGUGGAAACACACCGCAUGGCAUCCACAAUUCGGCGGCCGAUGUGCAAUCCUGGGGUGGGUUCGUAAGGGGAGAAUCGGUUCAUUAGUCUAAUCACGAGGAACCAGGGUUUUUGUUGCAGUGGAUUCCAUGGCGGUGAUGUUGUGAGGAGGGUAGCGAUGGCGGUGGUGCAGAAGCUGCGGUUGGGUUUGUGGCUGCGCUACUGGGCGGGGCUCCGUCUCGCACCGCACGUCGGCACACCCGCCCAUGUCGCCCAUCGCAUGCUCAAGCUAGCUGCAGUUGGACCAGGUGACCUCGUCGUCGACCUUGGAUGCGGUGAUGCGCGCUUGCUCAUUGCUGCUGCCGAGGAGUUUGGUGCGCAAGGUUACGGGGUGGAGCUGGACCCAGCUUUGUUUGCAGAGGCACAGAGAGCGGUUGCUAAAGAAAAUCUCAAUCACUUGAUAACUGUGGAGCGGAAGGAUGCAUUCUCCACGGAUCUGACGAAAGCCACAGUAGUGACAUUGUACUUGAGCACCAAAGGCAAUGCUCGUCUACUUCCAAUGUUGCGUGAGCAGUUGCCGUCGGGAGCUCGUGUGGUCUCUUUCUGCUGGCCAUUUGAAGCUCUUAAGCCAGCUUCGGUGGUCAAAGUAGAUGGCAUCAGUCUGUAUCUCUAUAAAUCAAUGACUCAAAGAGUAUGAAUGGUUUCAGCUGUGGUUGUGAUCGCAAGGGAUAUGUGGUGUAAUUGACUAAAAAUAACCCUGAUUCUGCAGGGAAGUGCAAAACGAGCAUGCCAAUCUAUUACA